CGAUUUCAAUUGCAACAUUCCAGUGAAACUGUUUCCAUUUCAGUUACCAACGGCAUCUAUUUGGAAAGAUGGGACCGGAUAGAUUACAAGCGUGUUAAAUUCCUCGUCAUGGACCCUCGUUUUCCAAGGCUGCCAUCGAAAACAAUAUGUCUUCCUGAAUUCCAGCAACCGCACAGUUGGGCUGACUAUUUUGGUGCUCGAGCAAGGACUUAUUUUGUUCCACAGCAGACUGGAAUUUACCGCUUCAUGCUUUGUGAGGGCAUUUAAUUUGAUUCUAGAAAUUUGUAGCUUAGUCUUAAUUAGGCAUGCAAGAAAGAGGAGUGAAGAGAUAAGGGGGACAAAGGGCAAUGGCGUUACGGUUGAUCAGUCUUUGAAGACAAGCACGGCAGUAGAUCGGUGAAUGCUCAACAGUGCAACUGAACAUACCAAACUUAUUCGUAUUAUUGGGGUGUUUGACCAAUGAAGGUGUUUGACCAAUGAAGGUGUUUGAUCCAGAAAGGCAAAUGUUAUCUAGUCUGCAUAACAGGCGCUGUAUGAGCCAAGCGAGGCGUACGCAGCAUUUUGCUCUUCGCGCGCACUUGCCGCGUUUGCCUCGCUUGGCUGUUUGUCAAAAUACUACGCAAUGGAGUUGUAAUUAUUAGACAUGCGCUUACCGAGAGUCAGAACUGGCCCGCGAUCGAACUGGUUAUUUUGAAAAAAAAUUAAAAAAUUCUAGGUUUUUCUCGAAAUUUUCUCAAAACCUACCAAUGCUGAAUAUACUAUUGAUGAAUAGGCUGAUCUGGUUGAAUAGUCUUGAUUAAUAGAGCCUAGGGAUUCUCUUUACCACUGUAGCGGUCCGGCCGGCCGGUUCUAACAAUUAGAAGCGCCCUCUAAUCUUCAUCUUACUGGCAAACCGUUACUCUCCCCUUCCAGUGUUUUUUUUACUGGCAACCAACGAAUGUUCAUGUUUACACUUUCCCCUAGUCCCUGUACGGCGUUCUCCAUGGCCUUCUCAGUCAAUAGGGAGUAGGCAAAUAUGGCGCAAAUAGCUAAAUAUUGGGGAGUAAAUAUAUGGCAAACAUAGUAAAAGUUGUGCAAAUCCAUUUUUUCGUGCACGGUGUAUAACGUGUGCAUGUAAUUUCUCUCAGCAUCAGAUGCCGGUAGUGAGCUUUAUAUUAGUACCAAUGAGAAACCUGUCCACCUUUCGCUGAUUGCGUCGGUUGAGGGAGGAUUUCCAACUCAACCAUAUGAGUUUGAUAGGUGAGUUGAAAGAUGUUUUGUACUAGCCUGCGUAGAACGCGCUUGAAAGUAAUGGGAGCAAGAAAGAACGGGGCGCUCGAAGGAAAAACGCCUCUCCCCUCGCUUGUCUCUCUCGCGCGCCCCGUUCUUUCUUGGGCGGUUACUUCCAAGCGCCUGGCGAUGAGUUGUCUACAUGGUCCUACAUGGUAUCAACGGGAAUGUUUUUUUUUCCAGAAAGUCUAAUUCCAGGAUGUUUGUUUAAAAAUGGUUUGAUAAUGUAUACGGAACAAAAUUAAUCAGGGUCUUAAGUAAGGUCUCUUGUCUUAAACUGGGUAGCGAAAUGAAUGAUUUUUGUCUAAAACAGAACUAAACACGGCAAACAGUAAACAGUAUACAAUUGAAAUAAUCAGGUCUGAUGCGCGCUCGUGCAGUUUGAACUCCGUUGUGCGCUUUAUUUUAAGUCAAUACUUAUUUGGCAGAGCGGUCUACAUGUGUGUUACCCGACAAUGUUUCUCAAAAUUCCAUGAUGUUAGUUUGAAAAAUUACUUAAUUCUGUGUGUGGAAACGAAAUGUAUGAGGGUCAUGAAAUUAGGUCUCUUGUCUGAAACAGUGUAGUGAAAUGGCGGCACACCUCUUUCCGAACGUCCCUUGAGUGACCCCGGGUCAAUUUAUGCAGGUUUUCACCCGGGGGGGACUCUGCAUAUGAAAGGGGUGGGGAUGCUCGUCGGAAAUUUUGAAUUAAACCCCUAAAGGAGACUGAUCUGAGCGUGGCCUAAGCUUUUUUUGACCCCUAAAAGAGACCAUGUUAAAACACAGACAAUAUGUAUAUUUUUAUAUUUUUUCGCUUGCAACCCUAAACGAGACCUUCACGGCUAAAUAUGAUGGCGUUUUGCCCAUAAUACCCUAAGUGAGACCGAAAUUCAAAAUUUACGCCCUAUGCGAGACGACGAGCAUACCCACUCAUUUCAUACGCGGACUCCCCCCCGCGGAUUUUCAUUAUACAUUCCGACUUUUACCCGGGAUUAAAGAACCAAAUCGAAGGCAUAAGAGACAUGAUCUAAUCAGCGUUAUACGUAUGGACCUAUACAGGUAUCUAAACCAAAUAUCUCUUCCUAUUCAUCUGGAAAAGGGCAAAUAUUAUUACAUGGAAACUAGAAUGAAAGAUGAUCAUCAAGAUGAUCACUUAGAAGUUGGAAUGCAGGCAACUGACGGGACAAAUUACACAGUGAUACCCUCGACAUUCUUGAGGACCAGUUUGCCUGUUCCACCCCGUAAGUCAGUUACAAUGAACUUUUUCGAUACUUUCAACCUGGCCCGGCUUGUUCAAACGUUGGAUAGCGCUAUCCACCGGAUAAUUCACUAUCCAGAAGAUAAGUAUAAGGGAAUCAAAUUGCGCCAUUCAGUGGAUAGAGAUUUAUCCAGUGGAUAGCGUUAUCCACUUUUUGAACAACUGGGGCCUUAAAGAUAAAUGAUGAUGAUGGUGAUGAUGAUGAUGAUGAUGAUAAAUACUUGAUUGGUGGGAGGCAAACCAUUAUGAUGCCAGUUGGCUAUCUUAUGAGCUUGGCCGCCGACAAUUGGAACUCGGGAUUACCGGUCACGGCGGGACUUGAAAUCUGUAAAUAACAAGUCCAGCGCUUCAGUGACCUCCCAGCGUGGGCUGAUUGAGAUGUCAGAGUGCAGACAAUGGUUGGAAGAAAGAUUUCUCUCGAUUCAGCGGGAUGAGCUAUCGAAGUCCGAAGGAAUAAUGCAUAUUGUUAUUAUAAUAAUAAUGCAUAUUAGAAUCCUUCGAAUCGACAACUUCAUUAAGAGCCUAUUGUGACAAUACGCUGGAAAUUUCUUUCUCCCCAUGUUAAGAAAUUCGAAUUCCGGAGUCCCGGAAUUUUUGCCUGUGGAAUCCGGAAAUCAGAAAUGUGUAAAUCUGGAAUCCUGGUUUUCUGUAGAGUCCGGAAUACAGCUCAAGGAAUCCGGAAUCCCACUAAAGAUUGGAAUCCGGAAUCCAAGUUCCACUGACAAGAAUCCGGAAUCCAGUCUCUGGAGUCCGGAAUCGGUAGCUUGGAAUCGACAAUCCAAGAGUGUCUUGGAUCCCUUAUCUGACAAUCGGACUUAACCCUCUCGGUUGUGUAUUCCCGCUUACAGGACAAGAAGUAUGGAAGAGAAGUUUUUUUUUUUUUAUGAAAAAGGCAAACUGAUUCAAGUUGACUAUUGGUCAAAUCAGGAAAGGGGACAGUUAUGUCUAUUUUGACAACUCACGAUCUCUAGUGUUUUAAUUCCUAGUUGAAAACGAUUUGAUUCAUUCGUACGACGAAUGAGAUGCAUUUUUCCACUGUCGAAUUUAAAACGUUUUUUCAUUUGUAUGAUUCCGUGGGGUUAACAACUUCUCAACGGCUCAGUUUAUCAAUUGAACACUCCUUUGGGGGCGCUAUUUAUCCAUUCAUAGUGGCCUAGAAACGUAUUUUUCGGGCUUAUACGUCACAAGCGUGAGUGUGAUCUAUUUGGAAGCACUGUUAACGUACAAAAGUCACGAUCGAACAAAACGAAACAAAACGAGCAAACAAACAAAAACACGCACAAAGUAUCGAGUAGUUAGCAAAAACUGCUGGACAGAGAAAUAAACGAUUGGGCAAACUGGAACAACCCAACGUCAUUUUGAAAAUCAGUAUUCAGAGAAACACAAUGAAGAGCCAAUCAAUGUCUUCCUUACCAGAGGCACAAUGCCAUCUAUUUCCAAAUAGCUGGGCAGCCGAGGCAAACAACUUUUCACGUAGAGCAGCAAACCUUGAGCAGUACAUGCAGGAUAUAAUGUUUCGCAUCUUUAACAGGUGCAUAGAAAACGGCACGGGCUACUGAAGAAUUAGCCUUUGGCAGAUUUUGAUAGAUAUAUAGUUUUAGCCAAGCCUAAAAGCGAAGCUUCAAUCGGUUUUUAUACUUUUAAUUAACGACUAUUGGAUGAUAAAGGGAUGUUCAGUUCUGCAGAUAUACUCCAAAUAGCAAAUGUCGUCGAUCCAAUUGUAGUCUUAUUGUUCUUGCUAUGUUUUGAGGCAUGCAGUAGUUAGCCUAUUUCUUCUUCGCGGAACGUGUGAGAUGUUCCGCCAUUUUCUACUGCUCUACCAAAACAACUCAACCUCGUCCCCAGGACUUGUCAUCGAAAACGUCUUCCAAAUUUGGUCAACAAUGGCUGUUUAUGAAGAAUGAAUAGUGGGAUUUGAGCCAAUCAGAAAGUGAGAAAUAUUUGGAAUGAAUAAUUAAAAAAUUCGAUCGCAGAACCUCAUGAGCUCAGGGUAAGGGAAAGUAGGAGGAAUAAAGAGACACGAAGCCAAGAAAGAAAAAAAAACAUAGUCGAAGAUAAUAAAUAAUUAACGAAAUGAUAGGUUUAUCCAAGAUUCAAACUCGAAACCCUUACUUGCUAAGUAAGGUUCUACCACAACGCUACGUAAUGAACCAGAGCCUCAAGUAAAAAAACAUUGCCGUUAACGAAGUGAUAGAUUUAUCCAAGAUUCAAACUCGAAACCCUUGCUUCCUCCGUGAGGUACGUACUUACCAAGACGCUACGUAAUGAACCAGAUAUGAGCCUCAAGUAAAAAAAACGCAGUUUAAAGCUGGUCAAGCCGUAUUAAACGUCAAGCAGGAAAAAAGCAGGGUUUUGACUGUAGAAAGCCGAAUUUGGACCCCUUUUUUUGCAUUCGAAGAACAAAUGCCCUGUAGAGCCGAAAUACGAUAAAACUCGACUACUAAGUAAGACGCAAAAAAAUGUUCUCUUACCUCGAUUUUCGGUCUUAUUUUGAAUUUAACGGCCUAAAUCGCGCCCAUUUCUCUUUAAAGUACUUCCACGGACGAAAUUCAUCGCCAAAGCAUUUCGUGGCCGUUAAAAUGGCGUUUUUUGCGGGGUUUUGUUUACUUGCAGUCUUUGCUAGGUAACUGUGGACACCCGUGAGCGCGAUAUAUUGCCGCCUCGUGUUUCAGGCUACCACGCUAGAGAUCCAUGCGUAUUCAAGCAUGAUGCGAAUUCCGACAAAUUGUAAACCUCGCAUGGCAAGGAACUUAAAAGUAAAGACUGACUUUGUUGAUUUCGAUGUAAAAUUAGUUACUUUUUUGUUCUUAUGAACAGAUCAAAACUUCUCCUACCAAGCCAUUUUGCUUAAGGUAGCCGCGGAAGCUGGUGCGAAGGCUGGACUAUCUUUUGGCGAAAGAUGGGCCAAGAAAACAGGCGCAAAAGCAGGAGCUAAAGCUGGUGCAAUGGCAGGAGUACAAGCUGGAGCAUGGGCUGGAGGAACUGCAGGAGAAAACGCAGCAAUCAGAAUGAUUACAAAAACACUGGAGGAUGGGUUAAACAAUCUUCAUGGUAACAACGGGCAUAAAUAUAAGAUUAACGUAGUGGAUGGUAACGUGGUCUCAGUCACUGGACCUGGAAUGACAGGAGCCAGUGCAGCUGCAGGGGCAGCAGCGAAUGCUUGGGCUGGAGGGACUGUCGGGGUAGGUGGGUCUGGUGGAGCCGACGGAAGUGCAGGCUCGGCUGGAACAGGUGGCACGGCUGGAGCUACUGGUAGUGGUGGAGCUACGGCAGCUGCAGGAAGUGCAGGUGCAGCGGCAGGUGCUUCUGGGGGAGCCGGGGGAGCCGGGGGAGCCGGAGGAUCAGGGGGUGCUGUAGGUGCUGGGGCUACUGGGAACACCGGUACAGGAAGUAGCUCGUCUGGUGGUGCUGCAGCAGGAGGUGCAGCGGCUGCUGGUGGAGGAGGCUCUCAGGUUUCCGGUUCUGCAAGUGUAGGCGUUGGAACUGGAAGUGCUGGAACAGGCGGAGCCAGCUCUGGCACAAUAAAACCUGCCAAAGUGACGUAUAUACCAAAACCAGGAGAAGAUCCACAAUUAAUGGCACUUAAUUUGGUCUGGAAGGCCGGGGGAGCGAGGAAAAGUAAGUCAGAGAAUGUUAUCGAUACUAGCAAAUUAAAUUUUGCUUUGGAAAACCCGCUAAUGUUUGGAUACACGGUGUAGCUGUUUUUACAAGAUCAUUUUUACGUUUAAAAUCAUUCUAUCAAAUUACUAAGAAUAUCUCAUGUCUGAGUUCAAAUGUAAGUUUUGAAGAUAGAUAACGAGGCAAUAGUUAGUGAAUAGUUAUCUGAAUAGUUUGUUUUUGCCUUUGAAGUAUCAUCUUUUAUCAAAAAAGUGAAACCAUAGAAGAGAUGAAGUCAUCUUUCUACCCUUGCAUUCAUGCAUCCAUGCAUGCAUGCAUGCAUCCAUCCAUUCUGAUUCAUUCAUUCAGUCAGUCAUUCAUGCAUGCAUGCAUUCAUUCAUUCAUUUAUUUACUGUGUUUUCAAAGUUUUUGAUACUUUUGGGGGCUUUGAUCUUUACCUCUUCACCUUUGAGCGGCACAAGGCUCAAAAACCGCGGGUGAAAGUAAAAAAGAUAAACUUCAAACGAAUAUUCUUUCUUGCGCUCAACUAUGGAAUAAACUUCCAGAAGAUGUCAAGCCGGCCCAUAAUGUUAAUAUUUUUACGUCUAAGCUAAGAUCAAUUCAGCUGUAAUUUUUAUAUUUUCAAAUUUUUUGGUGAUUUCUAUAAUUUUUUAUAUUCAUGUGUACAUAGAUUAUAGAUUAUACGUUUAUUUUUUUAUACUAGGUAUUAUUAUAUAAUUUUAGAUUUAAUGCACGUUCGUAUUUUGAACGAGCACUUGUACUCUUAGACGAUAACGAGGUUAAAUAAAUUAGUGUUGUUGUUGUUGAUAUAAGUAUAACUAGCAUUAUCUGAAUAAGUAGAAGUCAUAUGACUUAUAGUUUUCUAUUAAUAUUCUAUUCUAUUCUAUUUGCAAGUUGCAAUAAAUUGAUUAAUCUAUUAUAAUUGUUACCAUUUAGAGUUGUUAAAGGAAUGAAAUAUAAAAAAGGAUUAUCCUACAUAAAGAUUCGUUUAUUGUUGUUCUUGUACUUUUCUAUUAUUUUCAUUAUACUUAAAUAUGUCUUUUUAAAUUAUUUGUUCAUUAUUUCUUUGUCUUAGUCGUAGCAAAUGGAAUGUACACUUUUCAUUCAAUGGAAGCACCCUUCAUGCAGGAAGAUGCCUUUCUCAACGAUUGCUGGAGAUCAAAAUAUGGUUUAUUCUACGUAGAUAAAUUUUGUCAGGUAUUUAUUACCCGUAUUCCUGCCUUGUCAAAAGAAGCCAGCACAUCGAGAGACACAGUUUCCUUUGAAUCUGCAUGUCGGCCAGGAUAUUUCUUGCGCCAAAAGAACUAUCACUUCAUUCUCCAAAAGAGAGACGGAACGGAACUUUUCGGUAGGUAUACAUCAGAAUCUUUUGCUUUUAGAUCCAGGCGGCGGGGUAUGGUGCUCCCCUAUAUAAGCUAUGAUAUGUAGGCAUGUGCCGGCCCAAAUGGUACAGUUUUUGUCACAAAAAUGGGUAUAGCUUUAGUCCAUUAUGAUCUAGCAAAAUACGGAUACGAUUUUAAAUGGAACCACGAGGACGUAUAAAUUUAUUAGUUAUUCAGCUAUAAACGUGUUUGUGUUGUUGUUGUUGUUGUUUUUUUCAGAUGAAUAAGACCGUCUAGUGUCAAAUACUUCUUAGUAAUAAAUAAUGCUUUUGUUGACUUCACUUGAACAAGGUAACCGGGGAAGGUACACCUAUAUAUGGGCUAUAUGGAUUUUGAGUGCUCUCUAUCCUCCCUUGGUUCUCGGUGUGAUCCUUAGAAAGGGUUCCUUACUAUAUAUCAGCUAAAAAUUCAAAUGCGUAUCACGUAUAUGCCCAUCUGCGCGAGAAACAAAUCACCUGUUGAAACUGAACUUUUCUUCGAGAAACAGUAAAGCAAUUACAGAAAGAUUCGUGUGUUUCCAUUAAAUUCUUAGUUUUUGUUUUUCCCUUGAUUGUCUCAUUUUUCAGGUUUAGGCCUUAAAUAAGGUAUCAGUUUUGGUCUGUCUGAUCCAUAAAUACGGUCAGGGUCUAAGACGGCACACACCUAUCCAAAAUUUACGGGAUAACCAUCCCCACCAGGAAAAAGGUAAUAGAUUGGCGAACAGAGAACAACUUUCAGAGGCCACUUCGGAAAAAAGGAUGGAAAAAUGUUUUGGAAUGAGAUAAGGCUAGGAUUUGGAAAACCGCGCGAAAGUUUCAAAUAGUGAAAGUUUUUCCUCUACACUUAAAGACUCAGUUUCGCGAGCCGCCACUUUUCUUCAUGUUUAGUAGCGUAGCCCUUUUAUCCGUGACGGCAUUCCGUCGAAGGUAAGCUGAUUGGUGGGAAGUUCAAGUGGAAUGCCAACUUUCAAGAAACAAAAGAGGCAAGGCCGAUUUUACUGUCGGGAAUAUAUAUUUCUUUCACCAAUAUUUAUGAAGGCACGGGCUUCUUCUUCAGGCUACUUGCAUGCAAUGAUAAGAUAAAGCUAAGACGUUAAAAUUUGAAAUAAAGAAUAACUAGCCUGUACACAGACGUUGUUUUAUUUUUCUUUUCGUUUUUUUGGAAAAAAAUCGGCCAGCAAGCGAUAGUGUGCGAUAUGAUACUAUGAUAACAGGUGAAAAUUUAAAUUAGAAGAAAAGUGAACCUUAAAAGUACAUCUGUAUGAAAACAAAAACCGUUGAAUAAGUGAUAUGAAGGAAAUUUGAAAUGUAAAAAUAGUAUAAAUAAAUGUUUACAAACGGAAGAUACAACAUUUAAAAAAGAUUGCAAUGUUCUUUAAAUUAUUCAGGUACGAGGAUUUUGUCCACUGAAUAUUAAAAAUUACUCAAUUUCCUGGUGGAUUCCGUCUUAAUAUUGUAAUUGUCAUCUGUUAUUAAAUCCCCAGAUAAAGACAGUUCAUUUUUUGUCUACGACGUCGUAACGUUCACUCAAUAUUUUCUCUUCAAUUCGAUGCACAAAGACUGGUAUGUCUGCGACGAAAGUAGGGGUAGAGAUCGUCGAGUUCACAAAAUAAGUAAACUUGCUCUAGACUUUUACAGUGGUAACCCAGACGUUCUUCCACGUUGCGCCUUUAUACUCAACCCAAUAGAAAAAAAUGGCGACAAGUUUAGGAACUGUAAAAACGUUAUUGGGCCAGUGGAAACUCCAGAAAUAAGCGGACAACCUCUUCCUCAUCCACCUCAUUUGGUUUCGAAUAAACCACCGUCUCCUUUUCGUCUACCAACCUGUAUACCAGUUUGCCCAGCGGGACCAACACAGCCUGGAGCUCAGGCAGGACAAGGGAGUAUGGGCCAAGCGGGUCCCGGCACUUCCGCUGCUGAAGCGAGUUCAUCACAUGGAGUUCAACCCUCUAACAAACGUAAGAGAUAGGCGAUGAAUAUACGUAACUUCGUAAAAUACAAGUUUUCCCUUGAUAAAUCCCCCCCUUCCCUUUGAUACAAAAAAAGAAGUAAUUGCUACCACCUACUCAUACGCUUGAGUAAUCAAGAGAGAUGAUAAACAAAUAUGGUGUCAAAUGAACGCCUAUUUAAAUUUUUUGAGUCGAGAGGAUGGCUCAAAUAGGUAGGGGGACUCUUCGGUCAUAUUACGGUAUUUAUGGCUAUAACUUUCCGAAAGAAACAUCAAAUAAUCGCACAAAACCCACCUUUCCAAUAAGCAGCCAUUUAUCGAGCAAAGGAUAUUGUCCCCGCUUUCAACUUUUAUUAAAAAUACAGAAAAAAAAAAGAAAUUAAUUAAAAGUGGGUACGGAUGGGGAUAAUUGGAGAAGGUUUAAACAGAUUGCAUUCAGAUCAACUUGAUAAACAGUCUGACACUGUUCACAGUGAACGCACCCCCUCAAGAGGGUCAUAUUGGCGUUAACCGUCAGACGAUCGAGGACGUAAUCGUCAACCAUCAAAAAGCUAAAUUUUUUUAACGUUAGCCAUCAAGGGUCUAUUUACAAACGAGUGAGAAAGAAAUCAUCAUCAUCGGUCGACCCGGAAGAACAGUCGACUGAAAAUCGUCUGACUCCAACUGAGGCAUGUGUAUAAUUUUCUUGUAUGGUAAUGACGUCAUGUUGGAAUAAUAAAAGAAGGUAACUGUUAACAAUUUUUAGCCUUUAACCGUCAGAGCAAACCCCUCAUUAUGACCCUUACUAUAAUGUACGUAACUCCGUUAAAAUAAUUGCCUCUGAAAUGUUUAAAAAUGGAUUUUCCUGUAUCCGACAGUAUCCGAGGCAGACCAUGGUUCACCAUAAACUUGUUGCUUUUUAUCACAGCAUACUGUGUUGCGGUAAUCUUCGACAACAAGGUUGGCUCUCCUUUUACAUUGUACUCUUCUCUAAAACACGAGGGAUAUCUCGUCACUGGAUCUGGCUUUAAACUGAAACUUUUGAUAGAUCGACCAGAACUGCACAGCCACGUGACCUUCUACGCUAAAGACCCAGGUGGAAAUCGAGGAGACUUGUUAAAUGGGGAACCAAGUAUUUCAAGGCCUGUGGUUUCUAACUGUGAUUAUUUUUUUCCGGUAACUGUGACAGCCGAACAAGGCUCUUCAAGUUCACCUCCCGGAGCCCCGGUCACAUCUCCCCCUUCAUCUGUUCCCGGACAGUAUGCACCGCCAGCUGCUCCACCAGCUCCAGCAGCCCCACCUCUUCCUCCGUCACCACCUCCUGCUGCACCUCCGCCUGCAUUACCUCCUGCGCCAGCGUAUCCGGCUCCGCCGUCCCAAACUCCAUUAGCGCCACCAUCUCCUCCGGCUCCGUCCACAGCACCAGCACCCCAGCCGGCUUAUGCUCCACAUAUUCCGUCCAUUCAAGGUGCUCCUUCCAUGCCAAGAGGCAAGUAAAUCAUUUGCUAAUAGUAACAAUAUAAUAACGAUGAUGAUGAUAAUGUUAAAAAUAAUAACUGAUAAAUUGUUUUUCCCUUGAUUUGCAUUAUGAAAUUGACUAGAGCGUUUAUUUCGAUGUGAAAUGCAUGGAUAUUAGAUCUGAAGAAAAGACAACUAAUUAUGCUCUUUUAGUUGAUAAUAAUAGUGACAGCAUGUAUACUUAAUUACAACGUGGAAGAUAAUUAUGAUAGUUGCCUUCCCUGUUCUAAGCAGUUCAAUAGCUUUCUUUUUUGUUAUAAUUGAAGACAACUGAUUAAUAUUUUUUUGAUAUUACAACUGAUGGUUACUCAAUGACGUAGCUUUCGAAUUCAGUACUGAUUUUACAAUCCUCGCCCUUCUAAACCGUAACAAAGGUACUUAAUUCUAGACAGCAAUAUACGUUGGCAGCCUUCCAUUACGUACGAUUUAUCCAAUAAUUUUAUUUUUCAUAGUUUAUGAAAAAAGAAAUUGCUUUCUUACUGUUUGCAGACAAUGGGUCGGUUCAUUACCAUUACCACUAUUAUAAAUCCAAGACGGAUGACCACCUACAUGGUAAUGAUACACUUUUAUUUUAUGUAUUUAGCACCCAUGACAAAGCCUUAUUCUUCCUAAAUUCCACCAUUUUCACCUAGGCCAUAAUGCACCUAAUUUACUUCCCCAAAUUUUUGUAUAACUCGGCGUUGUCUUCGAUUUUCCUUGGUACGCCAGUCAUACCCAGGAGAAAUUGAAAACAAUGGUUAUGCAAAAUUUGAUGGGUUUGUACUAUCGACCGAGUGAACAAGAAAACAACGCCAUGCUUGUUUGUCUCGAAUAACUCCGUACUUUUACUGACGGAUCACGUGACGUGUGAACUCGUGAUUAACGACAUUACAGGGUUAACAAGGUGCAUUAUGGUCAAUGUGAAAAUGUUGAGUUGAUACAGGAAGGAAGAUCAAAUAAUGAUCUUGCCCCAGUUGUUCAAACGUUAGAUAGCGCUAUCAACCGGAUAAAUCACGAUCCAGCGGAUAUCUAUUAGGGAUACCAAUUGCGUUAUCACGUACUGGACAGAAAUUUAUCCACUGGAUAACGGUAUCCACCUUUUGAACAUCCGGGGCCAGGAAUCAUUGUCACACUUCAGAUGAUUCUUCAAAUUUAUUUAUUUUACGUAUAAGUCAUCACUAAUCAGACAUAACAUCUGUGAGGGAUUGGUUCGAUAACCAACCGAUACUCAGGAAAAUGAGCCCCCACUCAUCUCCCCAAAAGAGCUUCGGGGAGGAUCAAAGUCCAGACCCUGGAGACGGCGGAAAUAGACAAUCCUGGACAAAACUACUUGAGAAAAUGUUUUCAUUAAUGCGCACUACCUAAGGGAACAAAACUAUUCCCAAAUCAACGGCUUUGCGUAAAGAAACCCCCCUCCCCCAGUUCAAAGUUGCUUCCUACAAAUCCUUAGGGAUCCGGCUUUCUUUGGAAACCCAACAACACUGCUUCCAGGCGGAGAGGGGGAGGGAAGAAUGGGUCGGCCACGAAGUUUAGAAAAGAUGACCCCCAAGAAGGCAAUUUUCUCAACAGUUUUGUCCACGAUUGGAGCCUAUGUGAAGGAUACUAAAAUAAUAAUUAGAUCAAAAAGCCAAUCUCGACUCUUAUGUAAACGUUUUAACAGCAAAGAAGAGUGUUUUACCUGAUAUCCUAUAUUUUUCCAUGUCUUUGAUCUGAAGCUUGCCCAAGCAGCUGUUCUCCUAAUUCUGUUCCAUGCCCUCCCGCCUGCCCGAUACACUGCUGUAAGCGAGACUUGGACGAAUACGUAGACGACGAGGGCGACGAAGAUCAAACAACAGAGAAGUGA